AGAGCUCAAGUUCACGCGCGUUGGUGUUUGUUAUGAUUGGACAUGCGGUCAGUGGCGCCCAGUGACAACAUCCUCUUGGGUUGAAGCGAAGCCUACCUUUUCCGCCUUAAUGAGUAGUUCCGACCGUUGACUGAUUCACAGAUGUAUCCACAUGUAACGUGACUGCAACUUUGAUAAUGUGGAUGCAGGAGGAGGUGCGCCGUCCUCACUCAGGUCCUCAGCGGGCCUUCAGCGUGCUGGACCGGCUGCUCCUCACGCACCCCGUCUGGCUGCAGCUGUCGCUCAACCGAGACUCCGCCCUCUACAUCCUGCUGAGAGAGCCUGUCGGGACGUUCCUGGUGCGCAAGUGCGGCUUCAGCCACAGGAAGCUCCUGUGUCUCCGGGCAACCAAGGAGCGAAGCCCCGCCUCCAUCCGAGAGCUCUUCAUCUGUGAGGAAGACUCCACUUUCUCCUUGGAGAGCUCUGCACUCAGCUUCCCUGACCUCUGCAGACUGGUGGCCUUCUACUGCAUCAGCCGGGAUGUGUUGCCUUUCCCACUGCAGCUGCCCGAGGUCAUCGCUCGAGCGACCUCACACAGGCAGCUGGAAGCCAUCUCCCACAUGGGACAAGAGUUCUGGAACGCAUCGAGCCCCACCGAGAAUGGAUCCGUGGACCUGUCGGAGGAGUUCGGUCCCAAGGGCCAGCUUGUACCGGCUGUUGCGCCGGCGCUGGACCUGUUGGGGGGCCCACUGAAACAGGGGAAGCUUUGCUUCAUCAACCCCCUCUUCCUGCAGCUGGAGCUCCCCCAGAGCCAGCAGGCCCUUCAGACCCUUCAGGCCCUUCAGACCCAGCAGCAGCAGUCCAGCCACGGCGGCGCCUCCACCAAGCGGCUCCGCUUCAAGCGCAGCAUGCGGGUGCGUCUCUCCACCGACGGCUCCAUGCACCUCUCCAUGGAGGGCGGGGGCUCCUCCGCCUCCUCCUCCCCCUCCCGCACCCCGGAGCGGCCGGGGCCCCCCGAGGAGAGGCUCCCCCAGAGGAAGGUGCACGCCGGGGCCGGGCCCCUGAGGAGGAGCCCCGCGGUGUCCCCCGCCUCGCUGGAGGACGAGGAGCUGCCGCCGGCCCGGGCCCCGCAGGCGGCCGGGGAGCCCGUCCCCCCUCAGCAGGAGCCCAGCGUGGAGGCGGCGGUGCUGGGUCUGGACGCCGUGCCCACCCCCUCCCUGGCGGAGCUGGACAGCAGCAGCUCCUUCAGCAGUCUGGACGAGGAGCCCGACCAGGACGCCUCCCCGCCCGCUGACGACGCCUCCGCCUCCCUCGAGGGCUUCCUCCUUCCCCCCUCCACCUCCACCUCCUCCUCCCCCUCCCUGCUCCAGGCGGCGGCCCCCCACCGCCCGCCCCUCAUGCGCUCCCGUUGCCGUGGCGGCCUGCAGCGCAUGAGCGCCGCCUUUGUGUGUUUCUUCGCCCCGGAGAAGCGCGUGACCCGGCUGGUGGAGGAGCUGUCCCGGGACCGCCGCUCGGCCUUCGGCGCCAUGGUCCAGGACUUCCUGCAGAGGCAGAGGGAGGAGCUGAGGCGCCUGGCGUCGCCGUCCUCCUCCGCGGGGGCGGCGGCGGGGGGCUCCGUGGAGGUGCUGCAGGGCCUGAGGCUCUUCCUGACCCAGGCCAAGAGCUGCCUGCUGGAUAGCGGGGAGCUGGAGCCGCCCAUCCAGACCCUGGUGCCGGAGAGCGAGCAAGACCUGGCCAUGGAGCGCGCCAUGUUCAGCUGCGUGCUGCGGCCCCUGAAGAAGCUCCUGGACCACACCCUGGUGGCCCUGCACCGCCUGGACGGCUCCUCGCAGCGCCUGGCCCAGGACCUGCUCCGCGUCAAGGGGGGCGGCCUGGAGCGGCUGGGGAUCCGGUCCCCCUCGGGGGCGGCCUACGACCGGGCGGUGGAGCGGGUGAGGCAGAAGCUGGGCAUGAUGCAGAGGUCUCACUCGCCCAUCGACAAGGUGCUGCUGCUGCUGCAGGCCUGCAAGUGCGUCCACAAGGCCAUGGGGUCCCUGCACCGACAGGAAGUGAGCUGGGAGGACUUCCUGCCGUCGCUCACCCACGUGAUUGUGGAGUGUAACAGGCCCCAUAUCCUCCUGGAGGUGGAGUACAUGAUGGAGCUGCUGGAGCCGUCCUGGCUCUGUGGAGAGGGGGGUUACUACCUGAGCAGCGUGUACGCCAGCCUCUGUCUGAUCCAGAGCCUGGAGGCCAAGGCGCCGCGUCCCCCGGGCUGCCUGACGCGGGAGGCCCAGGAGGAGCUCAGGGAGUGGGGGCGCAGGCGGGGACGGGAGGCCCAGAUACACCGGGAGAGCCAGAGGAUCCAGAGGUGCGUGCGGAUCCUGUUCCAGGACGGCGAGCAGAGCGCCGUGCGCACCCUGCAGUGGCAGGCGGGCGACUCGGCGCCGGCCCUGGCCCAGCUGUGCGCCGACGCCUUUGGCGUGCCGGACGCCGCCCGCUACGCCCUGUACUGGCGCAGCGGCGGCGAGAUGCGGCCGCUGCCCCCCCACGCGCGGCCCCAGGACCUGGCGGGCCACAGCGAGGGGGGGCCCUCGCUGUCCUACCUGCGCACCGACCACGACUUCAGCAAGAUGCGGCGGCUGACCCGCGGCGGGGCGGUGGACCUCAGCGAGUCGGUGUGCGAGGAGUGAGUGAGGGGGCGGCGGCCGGGGGGCUGUGGUGGUGGGGGGUGGUGGGGGGGUGGUGGUGGGGGUGGUGGUGGUGGGUGAAAGGCGCUGGUGGUGGUGGUGGUGGCGGUGGACGGAGUCUCCG